GCCCCGGGGGCGCGGCUGGACGCCCAUGGAGAAGGUGAUGGACAAGGGGGGCGACAUGGCCUCGGUGAGCGACUUCGACCCCAUCGCGGGCAGCAUCCCGGCCACCAAGGUGGAGCUCACCGUCUCCUGCAGGCACCUCUUGGACAAGGACACCUUCUCCAAGUCUGACCCAAUGUGUGUGCUGUAUACCCAGGGGAUAGAGACCAAGCAGUGGAGAGAGUUUGGCAGGACCGAGGUCAUCGACAACACCCUGAACCCCGACUUCGUGCGCAAGUUCAUCCUCGACUACUUCUUCGAAGAGAAACAGAGCCUGCGCUUCGACCUGUACGAUGUGGAUUCCAAAAGCCCCGACCUCUCGAAGCAUGAUUUCCUGGGCCAGGCGUUCUGCACACUGGGGGAGAUCGUCGGCUCGGCAGGAAGCCGCCUGGAGAAGCCGCUGACGAUGGGAGCAUUCACGUUACAUUCCAGAACAGGGAAGCCCACACCGUCCGUCUCCAACGGUGGGAUUCCAGGGAAAAAGUGUGGCACCAUCAUACUGUCGGCCGAGGAGCUGGGCAACUGCCGGGACGUGGCCACAAUGCAGUUCUGUGCCAACAAGCUGGACAAGAAGGAUUUCUUCGGGAAGUCCGACCCCUUCAUGGUGUUCUACCGAAGCAACGAGGAUGGAACCUUCACCAUCUGCCACAAAACGGAAGUGGUUAAGAACACGCUCAACCCUGUGUGGCAGGCGUUCUCCAUCCCUGUGCGAGCCCUCUGCAAUGGAGACUACGACAGGACCAUCAAGGUGGAGGUGUACGACUGGGACCGGGACGGCAGCCACGACUUCAUUGGGGAGUUCACAACCAGCUACCGGGAGCUGGCCCGUGGGCAAAGCCAGUUCAAUGUCUACGAGGUGGUGAAUCCCAAAAAGAAAAUGAAGAAAAAGAAAUACAUUAACUCGGGAACAGUGACGCUGCUCUCAUUCACUGUGGAGUCGGAGUACACCUUCCUGGAUUACAUCAAAGGAGGGACGCAGAUCAAUUUCACAGUGGCCAUUGACUUCACAGCUUCCAAUGGCAACCCCUCACAAUCCACCUCCCUGCACUACAUGAACCCGUACCAGCUGAACGCCUACGCCAUGGCGCUGAAGGCGGUGGGCGAGAUCAUCCAGGACUAUGACAGCGACAAGAUGUUCCCCGCACUCGGAUUCGGUGCCAAAAUCCCUCCUGAUGGGCACGUGUCCCACGAGUUCCCCCUGAACGGCAACGCUGACAACCCCUACUGCAGCGGGAUCGAGGGUAUCCUAGAAGCCUAUCACAAGAGCCUCAAGACUGUCCAGCUGUACGGCCCAACUAACUUCGCCCCAGUGGUCAACCACGUGGCUAGAUACGCCACCACUGAACAGGACGGCUCCCAGUAUUUCGUACUCCUGAUCAUCACAGAUGGGGUGAUAUCGGACAUGGCCCAGACGAAGGAAGCCAUCGUCAAUGCCGCCAAGCUGCCAAUGUCCAUCAUCAUCGUGGGAGUUGGGCAGGCCGAAUUUGACGCCAUGGUGGAGCUGGAUGGCGACGACAUCAGAAUCUCGUCCCGAGGGAAGAUCGCUGAGCGAGACAUUGUCCAGUUUGUUCCAUUCCGGGAUUACAUCGACCGCACAGGGAACCACGUCCUGAGCAUGGCCCGCUUGGCCAAAGAUGUCCUGGCCGAGAUCCCGGACCAGUUCAUUUCCUACAUGAAGGGACGUGGCAUCAAGCCAAACCCAGCGCCCCCUGCGUACACCCCGACCGGCCCCACCCUUCAGACGCAGAUCUGACGAGCAGGAGGGAAGAGGAGCGAGGGAAAAGCCCAAGGCCUCUUGUGUCCACUGUUUACUCUCCCUCUAGCUGGAUACCAAGACAGUCAGAGCUUCCAGUGAGAUUCCUCCAUGGACUGUUUCUCCACACUUGGCUGUAGGCAGAUGGACGGUGAAGCUGUUGAGUUCCGACACUGCUCGUCCUCAUGUGUCAGUGGAAGGAUUUGUGGGACUCAGACAUAAAGGACGUGCGGGGUGGGGUGGGGGGAGUUUUUAAAAAGACAA